UCUGUAGCCCCGCCCCCGCCCGCCGCGGGUGGGAGGACGAGAACGCCGCCAGCGCGCGUGCGCGCUCCUCGGUGCGGCUAGUCUGCGUGCGUGAGUGGGAGGUGCAGGCCUCCGGCUUCGGCCUUCCCCGCUGACUGUUCCAGCGCGACGUCCCCAGCCAUGAACCGGUUUGGUACCCGGUUGGUGGGAGCCACGGCGACCUCGUCGCCGCCGCCAAAAGCCCGCAGCAACGAAAACCUCGACAAAAUUGAUAUGUCUUUGGAUGAUAUUAUCAAAUUGAAUAGAAAGGAAGGAAAGAAGCAGAAUUUUCCAAGACUAAACAGAAGUGGUGGUCGGCAAUUCAGGAUGAGAGUCCGAUGGGGAAUCCAACAAAAUUCUGGUUUUGGAAAGACUAGUUUGAGCCGUAGAGGAAGAGUAAUGCCCGGGAAGAGACAUCCUUAUGGAGUUAUUACUGGCCUUGCAGCCAGAAAAGCAACUGGAAUUCGAAAAGGAAUUAGUCCUAUGGAUCGUCCACCUUUAAGUGACAAGAAUAUAGAACGAUAUUUUCCAGUGUUAAAAAGGAAAGCAAACCUUCUGAGACAAAAUGAAGUGCAAAGGAAACCAGCUGCAGUUCUCAAGAGACCUAACCAGUUAAACAGAAAAAAUAACAUUCCAGCUAAUUUUACCAGGAGUGGAAAUAAACUAAGCCAUCAGAAAGACACUCGUCAAGCAACUUUUCUUUUCAGAAGAGGCCUGAAGGUUCAGGCCCAGUUGAACACAGAACAACUGCUAGACGAUGUAGUAGCAAAGAGAACUCGUCAAUGGCGGACUUCCACCACAAAUGGAGGAAUUUUGACUGUAUCUAUUGACAAUCCUGGAGCAGUGCAAUGCCCAGUAACUCAGAAACCACGAUUAACUCGUACUGCUGUACCUUCAUUCUUAACAAAACGGGAGCAGUCUGAUGUAAAGAAAGUUCCUAAAGGUGUCCCCCUACAAUUUGACAUAAACAGUGUUGGAAAGCAGGUAAAAAAAAAAAAAACAGGGAUGACUUUGAAUGAGCGGUUUGGAAUCCUGAAGGAACAAAGAACCACUCUCACAUUCAACAAAGGGGGAAGCCGCUUUGUAACUGUGGGAUAGAUCCCAUGUCAAAGGGACUUUUGAGUGAUGACUCUGUUUGAAAAAGUUGAAUUGUUCAUUACAGAAAUUCAAGAAACUUUACUUCAAAAAAUUCACAAGACUAAAUAACUCUUAUUUUUAUUUUUGAUGUUUUUUUAAAAACAUGUAUAAAAUAAUACCCUGAAAGAAUAACAGGGAAUAUGCCUAUCUGUUCUUAAAAAUGUUUUGGUUGACCCAGGCAGAACAAUUCUCUAUUUGACUUCUUUGGUUCCUCAUGCAGCAGAAGGAAGACAGAGAGAUUGAAAUUGAUUAUUUUUAUGAUAGUGGUAUUUAGGAUCUCAUCGCCUUUGCCCAUUUUUUAGACUUUUCCAUGGUAAAUCUUGGUCUUCAGAAAUAUGAGUAGGUCCCUUUGUUGCUGUCCUUUAAUAGAGUUGUAGUAGGUGCAGUUGCCUUUACUUCAUUAGACAUAUUUUAAACACUUAAUAGAAUUACAGUUUCUGGAUUUAAGAUUUAUGGAAAUAUCUGGAACAUGGUUCAUUUUUCAGGCAGUGUUAGAUUAAUCCCCCAGAAUUGUAAAUCUUUUGUACCAAACUUUUAGCAAGAAAUGUGAUUUUAGACAUUAGUCUCAGUUUAAAAUGUUGGCAUUUAAAGGUUGUAAAUGCAUAUUUACAAAGUUAUCUGAUAGGGCCUUGGAAGAGAAGGUCUAAUUUAAAAAUCUAAUAGUUAAUGUUCAGAGGAAGUAGCAUGUUGAAGGGCAGGUAACUGAGAUGAAAAACUUCAAAACUCAGGUCAUAGGUAUGCUGUGUGGAUUUAGUGUAGUCUUCAGUCUAAUGUCCACAAAGAAUUCUUCAAAUGAUAUUUAGAAGAGUUAUAAUUAUUCAAAUGGAUCGAGUCCCUUGGAUAUUUUGAUAGUAAAAUUAAUAGCUACAAAGUCCUAAACUUUCUUAUUUGAAAAGUUAAAAUUUAUGAGCUUUUUGCAACUUACUAAAUUGAAUACUUUAUAGCUCCGAAAACAAAAAUAUACUUGUAUAUGUCACAAAGAAGAAAAUGCAAAAGUAUAAUAGAGUUACAUUAUAACCUUGUUGUGUACUUUUCACUCUGAUUUCGUGUAUGUCAUUAAGUUCAGACAUAUAUGCAGAGAAAAGGGUUUUUCCCUUGCUCUGUGAAGGUGGGAGUACUCGAGUAAGUCUGUUGUGCCAAGAUAUGCUGAGUCCUCAGAUAGAUGUAUACUCUAAAUUAUGGCAUAAUGCCAAAAUGCAGCAAAAUAUUCCAGCUACAAGUUACAAGUUUGGUUAUUUUGAAGCUUGACAUUUUAGUUUACUAUAAUGUUAAAAUUUUUAAGUAGGCCUUAGUUUCUUUGGAGUAUAUUAUUAGUGUUGACAUUUCCUGUGAAACAAAACAUUAUCACUCCUGCCAGCCUUGCAUUGUAUACUAGACUUCAUUGUUGUUGCUCAUGCUUCUUGGGUUACUUAUUGGUUUAUAUUAGCCAUGGAACGCUAUCAAUAACUGUUUCAUGCUUAUACCAAAGAAUUAAAUCUGGUCCUUAAUAUUUUACCAGUUCUUCCACUGUUAAGGGAUUAUUGGAAGUCAGUCACAGAAUUUGAAAAUAAACUUUAGUCUCUUCUUAGCUGUGAUGCUUUUCAUAUGGACCAAGGACUCAUUGCAAGACAUUUUUGCAAGUAUAAAUGCUAUAUUUGGUCCAGGAACAAUACAUUUUUGACUGGUUUAGAAUUUCUGGUAGCUUAUUAUAAAGCAAAGGAAAAGCAACUGAGCACGAGUUUGCUGUCUUUAGAACAAUUUGUGAAAAUAUGGUAUAAAGGUGUUUUCAUUUCAUGUUUUAAAUAUUGUACAGAGCUCUCAUUAAUGCCAUUUUUUUAAAAACUUAAAAAUUGCCCCAAAUAUUGACAUCAAGUGCAUCAAAAUAUCAAAGUGUCUUUGGUAUAUUGCAUUUUUGCUCUUCAUGCAUCUGUAAUUUUCUUUUUAAGUAUAGAAUUUUGGCUUUGGUAUAACUAAAUUAAAAUUCUUGAGUGCUCACAUGUUGUAUAUAAACAUAACAAUAUGCUUUGUUGGAGGAAAAUUUCCUUUCUUCAGAUGUAGUUUUAGUAACAUCCUUGUUCAGUUCUUAAAGUUUUUGUUUUGUUUUUUUUUAAACAGGAUGCAACUUAAAAUUUUCUUUGCAUCAAGGUAUAUGAGAAACAUUGAUGCAGUGCAUCACAAAAUGAAAGUUUGUAUUUAAUGAGGAGGUGCUUUACACUGUACUUUUUGGUGUUUUUUGGACAAGUUACAUUUAGAUCUAUUCUGAAGCUGUUCAUUUUUAACAAAUAAAAUGUUACAGGUUUCACAUGAUUUAUUCUUAGCUAUAAAGAUUGAGUUGUGGUUUUAAGAUUGUACCAUGUUAUAAAGAGCUUUGUAGUGGUUAUUUAUAUUUGUAAUUUUUAGGGUUUGAAAAGUUAUCUACUAGUUAGAUUGAUAAAUGAAUCUGAAUUCUCCUAUUAGCAUCCUUCUAACUGCCUUUUGGUGAUUUCAUCCAUAGCUCCAAAAGGAGGUAGCCAGGAAGAAUUUGAAAAGGAAUCAAAUCUACUUACAAUGUGGAAUAUUAGAUUAGAUGAGUCUUUAGAGAUCGUGCAGUUUAAUCCCUCUUUUUACAUCUUAGUAAAGUGAGUCCCAACAUUUUCAAGACUUGUGUGUGACAGAGCCAUUUUUGGGGCUCAGAUCUUCUAAUUCUUAAUUGGUAAUAAACUGCUUCUGUGAAUUGAACACCCACA